GCGGCUCGUCCCUCCCUCUCUCCCGCAGAUCUGCUAUUGUCCCGCGAGUGGAGACGAUUUCAGCACCGGGACACAUCCUCCCGCGUCUCAUAGCAACAUGGCGACAGAGUUCCAUAACCUUCAAGAUCUCAGGCACACUGCAUCACUGGCCACCAAGGUGUUCAUCCAGAGGGACUACAGUGAGGGCACCCUGUGCAGAUUCCACACCAAGUUUCCAGCAGAGCUGGACAGCAGAAUUGAGCGAACACUCUUUGAGGAAACCAUUAAGACGCUCAAUAACUACUAUGCAGAAGCGGAGAAGAUUGGUGGUCGCUCUUACCUGGAGGGCUGCCUGGCCUGCGCCUCGGCUUACAUCAUCUUCCUCUGCAUGGAGACACGAUAUGAAAAGGUCUUAAAAAAGAUCUCCACGUAUAUCCAGGAGCAGAACGAGAAGAUUUAUGCACCCCGGGGCCUCCUCAUUACUGAUCCCAUCGAGAGAGGGAUGAGAGUAAUAGAAAUAUCCAUCUUCGAGGAUCGCAGUUCCAGCGAAUCCAGCUCCAGCAGCAGCACCACUUCCAGCAGCAGUGCUCGGUGACUGGAGGAGCAGCACCAGGGUUACGGGUAUCGGGGGACCAGGGGCCCCCAUAAGAUUCGCAUGUUGAAACAUGAAAGCACCAGAUUCUGAACGGAGAGAGGAAGUAUCUGCCAAUUAUAUACCUUUUCAUCUCUGUAUCUUCCUUGCAAAGCAAGGAGCAUAACCUCACAAACUGUAUAACAUACACACUUAACCUUUCCACACCCUGUUCCCUUCAUUUAUACCAGUCAGUCCUUUGCAUUUCCUUUCACAUUCAACAACUAUGUGCACUGGUGUAGAGGUGUAGAGUAGGGAAUGCUUUACGUUCCAUUAAUUUUUUUUUUUUUAUGUACUUCGCACCUCUUUAAAACAUGACAAAUGUCUUUAACAUUACGUAUGAUUUUUUCUAUAUAGAUUUAUCCAAAAGAAAUGGUCCAAAUUUUGGGUUGGAAUAAGAUCUUGCUUUAUUAAUUGGUUACAGUAAGAGGUUUUAUUAUGACAGCCUCGGUAUACUUUAAUCAGUACAUCGUUUCCUUAAGGUUACUGUUUGGAUAGCCUUCUAUUCCUGUCCAUUUCGGGAAACGCGUUCGGUUGAUACUGGACGGUGGCCGAGUUCUUCUUGUUCUUCUACCUGGUCUUCUUUAGAGGCACUGAUGCAGUUCACUGCCAUUCCUGACCCCAUACAGAGCUCGAGGCCUCUAUUCCCUCAGCCAAGUCCACCAUUCACCUGUGGCUCAGUGGCUCAGUGUUCUGCGGUGUGGGCAGCAUGCCCAGCUGGACAAAGCUCUCCCAGCGUCUCACCUCAUUGGGAAUGCAAGCAAGCUUUAGCCCUUCUGGGGCCUUUUUGUCUCUAUGAGAUGAAAGCUACCCAUCAUUUCUGCUUGCACAAAAAAGCUCCGUAGUCGAUGAGGUGAAUAGCGAGACAAACCAAGGUCAGCCUUCCAAAUGAACAUCAGACGAAGCACAUUUAGACAGAUAUGAUUCACAGGACAGCUCCUUAAUACGGUCCAUUCAGCAGAACAGCUUUGAAGUGAUCAUGUGUUAUGUUGUUUCUGAUGCAGUUGCUGCUCGGUUCAUUUUUUAUACAUUAAUGAUAGCCUCCAGACCAGAAUUUAUGCUGCAUCUUCUGCAUGUCUGAAAGCACACUCCUCACUCAAGCUUAGUCUGCAGAAGCGUAAUAAAGAAAUCCACGAUUUCAUGACAAUAUUCAGACACUCUGUGUGCAAUAUGAUAAGAUUGAGAACAGAGAAGAAUAAGAACAGAUUUUUUUACGAUUGCAGUUUUCUCUGCCUGCUCUUUGAUCUUCAUUAAUUUAGUGGUGCGCACACAGAGAACUCUGCAGACACAACAUGGAGUUCAAAGCAAGUCGGAACAAACAGUGCUGGAGCGAUUUACAGUAUGAAUAGCAGUUGUUUACUCAGAUUUGAAAGAGAGGCUGAUUAGGCUCAGAGCAAAUGGAAAUGUGGGAGAUCUUUGCACCAGAGGUCUUUGGAAAUGCAAUUCUUUUUUUGUGUUUUUAUUUUUUACAUCCUUCAUUAACCUGUAUGAAUACAUCUCAUGAUUUUAUAUACUGUACACUCAUUGUCGAUAAAAUAGUUGCACCCAGAAGGAAUUAACAUUGCCAUACAGGCGCUGUGACAGUCGAAUGAGGUCUUGCAACCAGAGAUGCUGUUCAACACUCCUCCCCUAUGGCAGGACAACAUUAGGAACCUCUACAACUCAAUGCUGAGACAUCUGGCAUGUUGCAUUAAUAAUUUUUAUCAUUUAUUGUUCUUGGUAACCUAUAUCUUCUUUCUAAGUAUCACUGCAAUCCAACACUUCCUUCUGGGUGCAACUAUGUGUAUUCUAUUGCAACUGUUUAUUUGACGAUGAGUGUAUUUAUUAUUAUCAUUAUCAUUAUUAUUUAUUAAAGAAUGUUGAUCCUUGUACAGUAUGUACUGCAUAUGAGUGCAAACAUACUGCAAAUAUUAUUUAUUAUAUUCUCUAAUACACUAUAUUCUAUUUUCACGUAGCAGAAAUUGAGCUUCUCAUCACCAUCAUUGCAGUUCUAUACAUGGAUACUGACAUUCUUUAUUUUUACCUGAAUUUAUGUUGCUUGUUUAAGUGUAUUAAGAUAGUUCAAGCAUUUAGUGUACAGCUACCUUUAUUUCUCUCUCUAUAUAUAUACAUAUAUAUUUAUUUUAUUUCGUUCUAUUGUUCUUUUCUUUCUUAAUUUUCAGUUUCUCACCUGUUUUCCUAAAACCCCUUUUGACCUUCUCAAUGGUUGCUUGCCUUUUUUUUUAUCCCCCAAACUCCUAAUUAGGCCAGAGCUGGCCUCUGCACUGGCCCUCAGAUCAGUAGUGCUCUAGUGCACACCCUCCUGUUCCUGCUGCCUUCAUGUUUCAUCGCUGUUGGGAUACCCAACCUGGUGCUGACCAAGUGGAAAAUGUUUGUAAAUUGUACAUGACUUGCACUAUAAAUGCAUGAGACUCGUUCUGUUCUCCUGUGGACAAACAGUGACCAAGUGGAAACUCUGUUUUGCCGUCCUGCUAAGAAAGACAUCUCUUUCUAGCUGGACACAGAGACUGUGUGUGUAUGUAUGUGUGUCUGUGUGUGUUUAUUUAUUUAUUUAUUUAUUUAUUUAUGUACAGAUGCAUCUUUAAAAAAAUAAUAUAAUUGAAAAAUUACUUUAUUGCAUUUUAUAUCUAUUUUGAGCGUUUAUUUCCUUUAUAGUUGAUGAUAAUGGAUUACAGUUAACAAAAACACAAAAGUAGUGUUUUCCUAAUAAAUCUUACAGCACUUCAUGCUUUCCUCUGCUGACAACUUUUAUGUCACUUGGCACACUGCCCACACUGCCAAAAGUACCAAUUGGUCUUAUGUAAUAUUCUAAUUUUCUGAAAUAUUUAUUUCAGGAUUUUCAUUAGCUGUAAGCCAUAAUAAUCAACAUUAAAGAAAAUAAAUGCUUGAAACAGAUCACUCUGUGUGAUGCAUCUAUAUAAUAUAUGAGUUUCACAUUUAAAACUGAAUUACUGAAAUAAAGUAACUUUUUAAUAUUUUUUUUGUUUAGAUGCACCUGUAUGUAUGUAUGCAUGUAUUAAGUGAGAGUGUGCUAAUGGAUGUGUUGGGGUAACAGUGUAUAUAUUGUAGAUAUACAGGGAUAUUGUAAACUUAUACAGUGGUAUGGCAGUUGAAAAAUGUUAUGUUAUGAGAAACCUAUUUUUCUAUUUUAACCUAUUGUAAGAGUAAGAAAUAACCAAAUGCUAAAUUUGAAUUAUAGUAGACCUAUAAAAUGUAAAGCUAAUGCCAGCAGCGUUUUUGUUAACCUUGAUACAAAAUAUAAGCCAUAAUGGAUUUAACCAGAACUGGCUAUGACGCUGUAUGUUUUGGAGAGACUUAUGAUUGGCUGAUGUUAACUCUCAUCAUGGAGACUAGUAUCCCUCUAGUACAACAGAUUUUAAACAUUAAAUAGCUUUUUU